AUGGCCGAAGCCAAACUUGCCAAAUUGAAAAUUAAACGCGGUACUCUAAUAGCUCAGCAGCAGCGUGUAAAGGAGUUUAUCGACUCCAAAUUAUCAAAAGCAUCUGUUCCAGAACUCGAAACUAGGGCCCAUGCUCUGGAGAAAUACUACCAUGAUUUUGAAAGCAUACAAUCCAGCAUUGAAGAACUUGAACCGGAGGAAGGGGACACCAUUCGAGGCUCAUUCGAAGAGCUUUACUUUGUUCUUCGUCCCACUCUGAUGGUUGCUAUAAGGGAGUGUAAGGAGGAAGCAGAAAAAGGUUCAACAGCAACCACCAAAUGUGAAACGAUCGUCAGUAAGAAAUUAAGACUGCCAGAAAUCCCUUUGCCAACGUUCUCCGGUGACUACACCCAGUGGUUGUCUUACUACGACACGUUCUCUGCCUUGGUUCAUCGCAAUAGUGCUCUAUAUAACGUCACGCGAUUCCACUAUCUCCGAUCUUCGCUUAAGGAUGGUGCUCUCCGGCGCAUACAGUCCAUCGAAGUAACCUCUGACAACUACGAAAUCGCACUCAAAUCACUUGUCGAACGAUAUCAAAAGCGUAACGUCAUUGUUCGGGAGCAUAUAAGACAGCUUUUUAUGAUAUAA